AUUUUCACCAUUAAACAAUAUUGAAACCUAAUUCCGUCUAUUCGGUAAAUAUCGACAUAUUCCCCAUUUUAGCUUCGAUAUAUUUCCGUCAUUUUCUCGCCGUCCAAACGGCCAGUAACGCCAGAAAAUGGAGGAAGACUCUAACAGAGCUGAAGCUUUACGCCUCCUGGGGAUCGCCGAGAAGCUUCUCCAGAACCGUGAUUUCAACGCCUCCAGAGAUUUCGCCAUCUUGGCUCAGGAGACUGAGCCGUUGCUGGACGGCUCAGAUCAAAUCGUGGCCGUAGCCGACGUGCUCCUCGCCGCCGAGAAGCGGGUAAACAACCACCACGACUGGUACGCUAUCUUGCAAAUCGAUCGCCGAUCCGACGACCACGAUCUAAUCAAGAAGCAGUACCGGCGUCUCGCGCUCCUCCUCCACCCAGACAAGAACAAAUUCACUUUCGCGGAUCAGGCCUUCAAGCUCGUAGCCGACGCGUGGGCAGUUCUCUCCAAUAACUCGAAAAAAACUCUCUACGACAAGGAAUUGACUCUCUUCACGAAGGUCGAUUUGAGCAGCAGCAACUCCAAAUUGCCCGUAAGAAGAGCGGAGACUAUGAAUCAGACCAGAAAUGUCAAGAAAUCAGCAGAUGUUAAUAACAAAAACAGCAGUUCUGGAGAUCCUAGGUCAAGACUGUCGACAUUCUGGACUGCAUGUCCAUACUGUUACAGGUUGUUCGAAUACCCAAGGGUUUACAUAGGUUGUUGUCUGAAGUGCCAGAAUUGUAAUCGGGCUUUUCACGCUGUGUUGAUUCAGAAUUUGCCGCCAAUGGUCCCUGGAAAAGAAGCCUAUUACUGUUGCUGGUCGCUUUUCCCCUUAGGGUUUGUCAUGGGAAACCCAGAUGAUGAUCGAAAGGCUGCUCCCGGAGCAGGCGCUGGGUUCCCCAAUUGGAUGCCGCCAGUGUUUUCAGCUGGGCAGCAGCAGGGUGGGAAAAAUGCCAAUGUUGCCGCCCCUGCGACCGCCAGUAAAGGGGCGGAAAGAAGGAAUAAAGCAGCGCCAGUGGUGCAUAUUUCUGAUAGGACUGCAACCAAUUCAGCACCGAGGAAGAGGGGAAGGCCACGAAAGAACCCGUUGUGAGUAUAAUUAUCCUGAAUCCAAUUUCGUAUUGUCGUUAAUUUUGGGUAGAACAGAAGGAAGCACAGUGCGGCAGGUGCCUCCGUUGUCAGUAGGAGAGUUGCUGAUUUGGUGUAGUCGGAUGAAGGGGGAAGAAUGCUGAGGCUUGGUUUGGGGACAUUGUAGGUACCAUUUUUAGUUUUCUUUCUUUCUUUGUCAUUUUUUUUUUCUUCUGGUUUCUUGUAUUUAGAUGUUCUAUUUCUUGUAGCCCACUGCCUCAUGGGUGAUCAUGUAACAUCAUGGUAAAUGUAGCAAUGCAAUUUCAGCUAGUUUUC